AGGAGUUUUUUUUUUUUUUUUUUUGAGGCAGAGCUGGGCUGGUGGCUGUUUCAGUCAAAGGGAAGGCAGAGAGGGAAGGGAGGCUCUGCGGAGAGAUGUUAAGAUGGCAGAGCUACAAAUGUUGUUAGAGGAAGAGAUUCCGGCCGGUAAAAGAGCGCUCGUGGAGAGUUACCAAAACCUGACGAGAGUAGCAGACUACUGCGAGAACAAUUAUGUCCAGGCCCAGGACAAGAGGAAAGCUCUGGAGGAAACCAAAGCCUACACCACCCAGUCCCUGGCUAGCGUGGCCUACCAGAUUAAUGCCUUAGCCAACAAUGUGCUGCAGCUGCUGGACAUCCAGGCCUCGCAGCUGCGGCGCAUGGAGUCCUCCAUCAACCACAUCUCUCAGACGGUGGACAUCCAUAAAGAGAAGGUGGCCAGGCGAGAGAUCGGGAUCCUGACCACUAACAAGAACACAUCAAGGACUCAUAAGAUCAUAGCGCCGGCCAAUAUGGAGCGGCCAGUCAGGUACAUCAGGAAGCCAAUUGACUACACUCUACUGGAUGAUGUCGGCCACGGCGUUAAGUGGCUAAAAGCCAAGCAACAUGGAAACAAUCAGUCGAUCAGAGGAGGAACACUAUCGAGGACCAAUCCGCCGACGCAAAAGCCGCCCAGUCCGCCGAUGUCCGGGCGUGGCACGCUUGGACGCAACACGCCCUACAAGACCCUGGAGCCAGUGAAGCCGCCCACGGUUCCCAACGACUACAUGACCAGCCCCGCCCGACUAGGCAGCCAGCACGGCCAGCAGCAGAGCCCCGGGCGCACGGCUUCACUCAGCCAGAGGCAACGCACGCACAGUGGAAGCAGCGGGGGCAGCGGCAGCAGAGAGAACAGCGGCAGCAGUGGAAUUGGCAUUCCCAUCGCCGUGCCUACACCCUCCAUCCCCAACUCUGGACCAGCUGUGGCCCCUGGACCUGGUCUGGGACCCGCUCCAAUGUCCCAGUUUGGAACCAUCUCGCGGCAGAUUUCGCGGCACAACUCUUCCAACUCCUCUGUCUCUAUGGUUUCGGCCACGGGCACCUACCGGCGGGCGCCGUCGGUCACUUCGCAGUUCUCCUUGCAGCAGCAGCAGCAGCAGCAGCAACAGCAGCAGCAGCAGCAACAGCAGCCUCAUAUUAAUGGAGGCACUCCUGGCUAUGGUCAGAACUCAAUGUCUGUCGCUCCUCCUCCUCCCCCCAUGCCCCAGCUGACUCCACAGAUACCUCUGACUGGCUUUGUGGCCAGGAUGCAGGAGAGCAUUGCAGAUACUCCUACUCCUCCUCCCCCUCCUCCUCCGGAUGACAUGCCCAUGUUUGACGACUCGCCACCGCCUCCGCCGCCUCCUCCGGUGGAUUACGAGGAGGAAGACGCCGCAGUCGUGCACUACAACGACCCCUACGCCGACGGAGACCCCCAGUGGGCUCCCAAGAGCUACAUCGAGAAAGUGGUGGCAAUCUACGACUACGCCAAGGACAAGGACGACGAGCUGAGUUUCAUGGAAGGCGCCAUCAUUUACGUCAUCAAAAAGAACGACGACGGCUGGUUCGAAGGCGUGUGCAACGGCACCACCGGCCUCUUCCCCGGCAACUACGUGGAGUCCAUCAUGCACUACGCCGACUGAAGGGACCUUUCAGUUAAAGUACAGCAUAUUUAUUCAGUCAUAUCACGAUCCACUGAGAGACUGACGGCAGAAAUCUGACUCCCGAGAUGCAUAACCAUGUGAUCCCCCCGCCGCCCUUUUUCUUUUGAUAUGACGGAAUGUUUUUUCCCUUACUGAUUGCAAAUAAAAUGACAAAGGUAUAUCUGUUUAGUUAAUUUUGGUGUUAUGGACAGGUGGGGAACAUUUAAGGAAUAUGUAAAAUAAACUUUUUUUUUAAUGAAUUGGACUGCACACGCUCACACAGUUGAAGGAUGUACGGUGAGAUCUUGCCUGAACAAAAAACUUUGUGAACAAGAGUUUUUAGGUUUUGAUGGAACAAAUAAAAAUGUAACGUAAGCACCUUCAGUGGAAGUGUUUGUACUGUUGGUUGUACAUAAUCCGAGCUGCAGCCACUCCGGGAGGGAAGGGGGGGGUUCUGUAAUGUAAAUUCAGUGAAUGUCGAUCAUAUGAUGCUUUUCAUUAGUGAUGCCGCCCUCCUCCUCCUCAACUCUGUAAAUGACAGAUGGACGGUUGGUGAUUCGCAAAUAAAUACUGUAAAUCGUAUUUCAAAGGAAAAAGAAAAUUUACUGCGGGAAAAUCAGUCUCAGCGUCGAAGCAAAGCAUGCAAAAUUUUUUGAGAUCUAAUGUAAUUUUAAGUUUAUUGCCAUUAUGCUUCCAUUAUGUUGUAAAUGUAUACACCUUUGCUUUUUUAUUACACUGUUGAAAUCACUUUCUUUUUUUUUUUUUAACUCUAAAGUAAAUGACAGGCUCGUCCCUUUUAUCUCCUUUUUUAAAAAAUUGAAGUUGAAGCUUUCUCAUGAAUUUGGGUUCAUCUAAAGCAAGAGAAGACAUUCCAUCCAUUUUUGGCUUAUUAUGGAGCAUUUUAGGAUUCACUGUUAAUUUUAUAUGCAGAAAAUGUGGAAGAUCUUUCAGUGACUGGCAGGAAUAGCAUUCCUGUGCAAAUGGGUGACAAAUUAAAGGAAAACCUUGAACCCGUGACCCCCCCCAGCCUUAACGUGAAGGGACUAUUUAGGUUCUCAAACCUUGUCUUGUGUGCCCUGCUUCUGAACCUCUGUACUACAAUUUUAGCAAAGUAAAGAUGAGGACUACCACAACAGCACAGGGUUUAUUUCUUACUAAGUGUUGAAACAUUUCUAACCCUUUCUAGGUUGCUAAUACUCCAUCCUGGGGCACAGAGGGGUCACUGGAUCAUUUGUGUAUGAAAACUGUGAUUAUGCCCUUUGGAGUCACCAGAUCUCAUCACCAUCAUGAAACCUGAAAAUUGUUUUAACCCCUCUGUUGGCCUGGCAAACACUUCCUGCAAUUUGUCACCUGAGACUGGAAUCGUCCUGCCCCAAAACUGCCACGUGACAAUUCACAUGUGAUAACGUAGACCAUUUAAGCAACUAGUACCUCCUCGGUCUUCUCAAAGCACCACUGGCCCUGUCUGGGUUCAAAGACCGCGCUGAAUGCUAGGAACGUGUAAUCCUCUGGGCUGCACGGGUGUACAUAAUAUGAUAACUCCAGUAUAAAUCAGCCAGUCCAUACGUAGGUGUCUCUCAGGUAUAAGAAUCAUCAUCUUGUACUUUUUCAUGCUGGUUCUGUCAUCUAACAUGACCUCCAAAUGCAGUGUUAAACCGCUACCUGCUGUGGUCACCUUUCACCCAGUUUCUUUUAUUUCCAGCUCAGUUUCAUCAUAGAUCUCUCGCUGCCCUUCAUUUGUACAUAAUAAAAUGUUGAUUGAGAAAUUUAUGUACAGUGUUUUAUAAUAAACAAAUCUAUGUACAACA